AUGGAUCACGCUUCUUUCUAUUCGGAGAGCAACAUUGCAGUGGUGAUGAUGGUGCCGCACUGUAUACUCAGUUUUGUUGCUACUGUCUUUGUUGGCUUGCGUCUGUACACUUCUUCUUAUAUAACGAGGAGUAAGUGGACUAUCGAUGAGUACACAUCGAUUGCCGCUCUGAUAGCGAAUCAUCUUAUCAUUGCUGCCGAAAGUGUCGCUAUACACUUCGGCUAUGGAAACAACAUCAUCAAAGUUGGAAGGGAUUAUCCUAAUGGAGUCUCGAAUAUGCUCAAGUGUGUUAUUGGUCUCGAGACGACAUAUUGCUUAGCAGCUCCUCUGUCUAAAAUGGCUGUCCUUGCGAUGUAUUACCGCAUCUUCUCUCAAUCGCGCUUCUUGCGUUAUGGAACAUGGGUCCUCGUUACUCUAAUAGCUUGCUGGGGAUUUGCCAGUGAGAUUGUUUGCAUCUUUAGCUGCCGCCCAAUAGCGGGAUAUUGGGAUAAGACUAUCCCUGCUACGUGCAUCGACUCGAAUCGCUUCUAUGUCGGCAUUACGAUUCCUAACAUCAUCUUCGAUAUCCUGACUGUAGCCCUCCCUGUCCGGGAGGUCUGGAAUCUGCAAAUGAAUCGAGAUAAGAAGUGGGCUGUUACUACCAUCUUCCUUCUCGGGGGCAGGUCCUUACUUGCCUAG